AUGAUUCCUUGAUUACGAGACUUCGGACAUGUUUCACUGCCAGAGGAGCUCUGCUUUUAACGGCGUUAUUUUGCAUACUAAGAAAGUGUGAUUAACUUAACAACUUCGUUCAUAAACAGCUGUGUCCAAGGCAUUCCCUUAUCUUUAAAAGGUUCAUGAUGUCAGUGCCAGAUGUAGAUUACCUAACCUGUGGUUCCUGCCAGUCUGAAUUUCCUUUGUCAGAAAUUGUGGUGUUUAUGCAGCACAAGAAAUAUAACUGUGAUGAUACCCCGGACCAACAAGCUACAAUCAAAGGUCAGGACAUCACAGUGGCCAAAUAUCUAUGUCAGUCAUGUCCAAAGCAGUUCUCUGCUGCUGUUAGUCUUUUACAACAUGCCCAGAACAAUCAUCGCAUGAAAAUAUACCUGGAUCAAGGACCUUUUAGUCUGGGGAUCCAGGAUGUCAGAGUAAGGUUAGGCGAGGAAGUACAAGAAGCACAGGCUGACUUAUCAGACCAGGGACUGUCUACUGGAAAACAAGUUCAAAUUAUUAACAAAAAAGAGAAAAUAGUAAAAAAGUCAAAUGGGAAAGUGGGAUUUCUACCUAGAAAACCUGUUGAGACUGAUGAUGGAGACUAUCUCGGCCCUGCUAAUACCGUUUUUUCUCCAAAGAAGUGCUGUGCGUCAGUUGUUCCAAAAAAGAGGAAAAGGCACAUGGAGACAAAACACAUGCAUGCGACAGGAAAAGGGAAGAAAACCUCUCAGAGAUCUUUCUCCUCACAGACUGCCAGUACUAUUUAUAUUGACUUUGAGCAUUCCAAUGAAAAUGAAGAGGAGGAGGGGGAGGCUUCCCCUGAUAGUUUUGAUGAUCCCAGUGAGGUGACCUCAAGCUUCAGUAUUCCAGUAAAGGGCACUACCACUGCCAUGAGCACAUCUCACACAGCUCAUACCACAACCACUGCUGGGGACCAGGCAACCCAAGAAUUCAUUCCGUUUAAUGGUAACAGAGGGUCGUUUAUUAUGGAGCCAGGUACGACUUAUUCAAUUCCAGUUUCCUACUCUAGCAUGCACCACCAGGGGGACACAUAUUUCUCAUCAAGAGAAUCUCAACCAAUGCAAACAUCUGUAUCUCAGCAUUCCUCGACUACAGGAUUUCAGCCUCAGAUUGAACUCAGCAGCAGUGCCCCCUACAGUGAUAGCUAUCAAUCGGAUAUCUCGCAGGAUGCAGACAAAAGCAAAUUUGUUGAUGAUACAAAAGAGGGCGCGAUGUCUGCAGCUUUGGAGAGAAGCAGCAGAGAGGCAUCGAGUCAGAUGUCUAGGUCAUUGUUGUCUAAAGCACUACAGAGGAAGAGGCGCUACCCAACCUCCCGUCCAUUCAAGUGCGACCAAUGUGGAAAUUCUUUCAACCAAAGGAUACAUUUGAAGAAGCAUUUGUACAAGCAUCAAGGUGAAAAGCCAUUCAAAUGCCAGCAGUGUGAUUACUCCACAGUGGAACGCAGCCAUUUGAAAGUCCACAUCAGGAUACAUACUGGGGAGAAGCCAUACAAGUGCACUCAUUGUGAGUAUGCAACAGCUCAGAACAGUACAUUGAAGAUACAUGUCAAACGCCAUCAUGGUGGCUUCCAGCUCAGCUGCACUUCCUGCGGCAAACAAUUUGCCGAGAAAGACAUGCUCGAAGAUCAUAAACGGGAGCAUCCCGACCACCAGCUUAUCAAGACACGGACAAGUGCUGGAGGAAGCCCAGAAUCGUCGGAUGCAGAAUUGGCUUUUCAUCAACUGGGACCAACACAAGGGGGGAAAGAGGUGAAAUUGCUCCACAGUGAUCUUAAGCAGGAUAAUACUUAGGGUAGUCAUAGUGACUUAGUUUAGACAGAUAUGCCAAGAAAUAUUUGUCAUGCCAAGUGUGGAGGGAUUUAUUUAUUAAUAUUAUUUUUCUUCACUAGUUGAUUUGGUGACAGUUUGAUCAUGAUGGGAACAUUAUUGGCUGGAGUUUAUGUGGACGAGUUAAGAUACAUAAUGAUAGAUAUACAAGAUGUAUAAUAAUAAGGGCCAAUUUUCUUAUAUCAAGAUAAAAUCU